AUGGCUUGGCUUAUAUUGGCAUUCUUGUGUACUUUAGUCGUGGCUCAUCGAGUCCCAUUGCUCACUCAAGAUACUGGAUCUACCAGUAGCGUAUUAAAUCAGCGCACUAGCGUCAAACUUCCAGGCGGAUAUUCAACAUGCUUUUUGAUAAACAUGGACGUUCAAGGCACCACUUUCAGCGUCAUGAUUGAUUCGGGUUCUACUGAUCUUACUGUACCACUUACCGGUCUGAACAACUAUGUUGGCCCAACAAUCAAUACGCCACGUCCACCUGGUAGUGGUGAUUUGAUUGGUACGUAUGGCGACCAAUCUGGAUGGACUGGAUACGGAUUUCAAGGAACUGCGCGUGUCACUGGAACUAAUAUUACGGCUUCUAAUGCUCCAGUCAUUGGCAUGUUUCGACAAACGACGAACCCAAUCUACACUACUGGCGAUGUGACACAGGGACUACUCGGAAUCGCAUAUCCAUCAUUGGCUAGCUAUCGUGUAACUCCAUCUACAGUCGUAGAUGCAUGGGUUGCUUCAGGAACUAUGCCAAAAAAUGAGAUUGCGUUUCACGCAUGUCCAUACAGUAUGACCAACCAAAGUUACGUUGACUUUGGAAACGACGAUCCGUCAUACAAGUGUAGUUCGAACGGAGUGCCAGUCGUAUGGGCAUACUCACCAGCACGUACUUAUUUCACAAUCGAUGUUCGUGCAAUAUCGAUCGACUCUGUACCAGUAACUCUCCCUCAGACAUUCCAGAAUGGGAUUGGAUACAAUAAAUGGUCUUUGGUUGACUCGUGCACAAGUGUAAUGAUACUUCCAGGAUCUGUGAUUACUGCGCUGGUGAAUGCCAUUCAAUCAAGCGGUGGUCUUCCUUCUGAUCUUGCCUCAUCGCCACAUCUUUCUAAUUUUCUUAGUGGAAGCAUUGGUAUCAGACCGGUCCAGCCUUUCCAAUGGAGCAAACUUCCCAGCAUUUCGUUUGACAUCACAUCUGAUCAAAUCCGACCAGGUGGUCAAAAUGCCACAUUUAAAAUUACUCUUGGAGCUCGACAGUAUAUCCAACCAAAUGCCAACGGAUACUUCGCAAUGAUUGCCCGAUCUGGUGGUGAAAGAUAUGCCAACCUUGGUAUUCCCCUUUUUUCUAACCUGAAUGUUGUGCUUGAUCGAGCAAAUGCUCGUGUUGGAUUUUCUCAAGGAUGUGGAUGUGAUACUGCCACUGAUGGAUACCCAAUAAUCCAAGAUGCAAACGGGAGAGUGUGGAAAGCCGGAGUUUCUACUUCAUCUACUUCGUCUGCAUCAUCUACACCAGCAGCUGCUACACAAACCACAUCUCGGCGUGUUUCGCAAACAAGUACAACAUCUUCAACUCGAGCUUCAACUCAACCACCCAGAUCUGAUUCGACUAGUCACACUACUACUAAAUCUGGUUUGACUAGUCACACUACUACUAAAACCCAUUCGGCUAGUCACACUACUACUAAAACUUAUUCGGUUAGUCACACUACUACUAAAACUUAUUCAACUAGCCAUGUGUCCGCCACUCAUCGAUCGUCUACUACCCAUCAUCGCACCCUCAUACAUACUACUCCAUCAAGUUGCCACGUUUCAACAGUUUACCAUACUCAAACAGUCUAUCACAUUCCAACGAUCUAUCAUACUGCUCAUUCUACUUCAUUAUACGCUUCAAUGUGCGAUUCUCAUCCUACUACAAAACCGGCUCCUGUGUUCUCUACACUUUAUUUUCCUACAGGACAUUGUACAAUCAGAGUUGAGCAGAGUGAUAUCCCUAUUCCCACAUCAUGCUCAACUGGACUAAACAAAUCACCUAUUUCAACAGGCACAUAUACCCCUCAUUCAACCUCAACUCCCCAUCAGGUAACUCAAGAAAACUCUAAUAUAAUUCGUCGUGGAGUGCCCAAUACUGCCAUUCAAACCCGUAGAUCUUUAGCAGAAUUCACAAUACAUGUUUGUCUUGCAGUGCUUGUUGCUGCAUACAUGUUUAUAUAA